AUUUCAAACCAAAUACUAAGCUCUGUUCUCAAUAUCUAGAUUCUCUACCACCAAACUAACAUUCUAUUACCAAAAACUUAAUCUAUGUCUGAAUCUCUCUGCUCCUUCCUUUGAAUUCUCCGCUAAUUCAUUAUGGAAACAGUUACAGCACCAACCAAAAACCCCAAGAUGACGGACACUAAUAAUGUCGAAUUGAACUCCAGCUUUCUCUUCCACAACGGCUUCAAUCCUUCUUUUCAAAUUUCCGAUAUAGAGAUGAUAGCCAUACAGCCCGUCACCUACACCAGCCUCAAGGACCUAUUGCCGGUCUCACCUCCUACGAUCUCCUCACCCACCCACAACUCCAGCUGGUACGAGAUCCCGAUCAAGAACCCGCUCGUUAAGCAGGCGGCUUUGGCUUACUUGCAACCGAUGUCGAGCCCGCCUGAAGUUGGAGAUAAAGGGUUUUUCGGGAGAUUGAGAGAGAUGUGUUGUGGCGAAUAUGGGUGCUUUGGGUGGAUAAACGACGUCGUGUUCAAGUGUUUGAGAGAAUCGUGUUGGGAGAGAACCGAUGAAAUUGAGGAUGAAGAUGAUGACGAUGAUGACAAGGUUGACUGAGUGCAGUUGUUUACGGUUGACUGGUAGAUGGGAUAACCGAGUGUUGUAUAGUGGCACAAUUUGUAAACUCAGAUUCUUUCUAUUAUUUUUUAUUUUUUAAUAAUUAUAAAAGAUUUUUUCCUUUUUAA